UCAAAACAAACCACGUCAUGAUCAUCCGGUUUAGCCACUGAUCACUGAUCAUUAAUCUUCUUCCCUCUUAUCCGAUGAGCGUUGCCACCGCACUUUCACAGCCGGUUUUUCCGGUUCCGUCAUUACAAAAAUCUCCUCCGUUUCGGAAACUGCAACAUUUUCAGUUCGGUUUCUCUAAUCGGCGUUCGAAGUUCAGAGUUUCGACGGCAGAGAAGCCACGGACUGAGCUACAAACUCAGUCACCAGCUAAAGAUGGUGUAAAAUCAUCGGUAGAAGAAAAGAAAGAGGAAUCAAGCGUUGAUUUAGGAUGGCUGCCUGCUUUUCCUCAUGCAUUGAUAGCUUCUAUGUCAAAUUUUCUGUUUGGUUAUCACAUAGGAGUGAUGAAUGGUCCGAUUGUUUCGGUUGCACGAGAGCUAGGGUUUGAAGGAGAUCCAAUUCUUGAAGGACUUGUGGUUAGCAUAUUUAUAGCUGGAGCAUUUAUUGGAAGCUUGACCUCUGGUUCGUUGGUGGAUAAACUUGGAUGUCGUCGUACAUUUCAGGUCGUCACGAUACCAUUAGCUCUUGGUGCUAUUAUAAGUGCACAAGCCCACUCCUUAGAUGAAAUACUUUUUGGAAGAUUUCUUGUUGGCCUUGGGAUUGGUGUGAACACCGUUCUCGUUCCAAUCUAUGUCUCGGAGGUUUCCCCUACUAAAUACAGGGGUUCAUUAGGAACCUUGUGUCAAAUUGGUACUUGUCUUGGGAUCAUUACGUCACUAUUCCUUGGAAUUCCCUCUGAAACGGAUCCGCAUUGGUGGAGGACAAUGCUGUAUAUUGCAAGUGCUCCUGCAUUUAUUCUUUCACUGGGUAUGCAGUUUGCCGUGGAAAGUCCCCGCUGGCUGUGUAAAAUAGGGAGAUUGGAUGAUGCUAAGUCAAUCAUCAAAAAUCUUUGGGGACCAUCUGAAGUGGAAAGAGCAAUUGAGGAUAUCCAAUCAGUCAUCAAGAAUGAUGGUAGUGAUGUGGGCGGUAGGUGGUUGGAACUCUUGGAGGAGCCGCACUCUAGAGUUGCACUUGUUGGAGGUUCCCUAUUUAUUCUACAACAAUUUGCUGGUAUAAAUGGAGUCCUUUACUUUUCAUCACUGACUUUUAAAGAUGUUGGCAUAGCAAAUGGUGCCUUAGCCAGCUUAUAUGUUGGGCUUACCAACUUUGCAGGUGCACUUUGUGCCUCAUACUUGAUCGACAAGGAAGGGAGGAAAAAGCUCUUACUAGGCAGUUACAUUGGAAUGGCUCUGUCAAUGUUUCUUAUAGCAUGCUCAAUCAGUUUUCCAGUAGAUGAAGAACUUGGUCACAACUUAUCAAUCAUUGGAGUUCUUAUGUAUAUAUUUACCUUUGCUAUUGGAGCUGGUCCAGUAACUGGUCUUAUCAUUCCUGAGCUUAGCAGUGCCAAGAUGCGCGGAAAGAUUAUGGGAUUCAGUUUUUCUGUUCACUGGGUUUGCAAUUUCUUGGUGGGUCUGUUCUUUCUGGACUUGGUGGAGAUUCUUGGAGUUGCUCCAGUUUAUGCAGGCUUCGGCAGCGUUUCAUUGUUAGCUGCUCUAUAUGCCAAGUACAACAUAAUUGAAACAAAAGGACGGUCUCUCGAGGAAAUUGAAAUUUCACUAAACCCCAGUUUAUCAGAUACUGAUAAGUAUAAGCAGUAGUAACAGCCAGCAGUAGCAAAGCUACUGUAAAACCAGCGUAAGGCUGUAUAAUUCUCUUGUUUUGCACUAAUAGUAGUAGCAGAACUCAAAAUUUUGUUUCUCUUGUUUUUGCUCUUGGCAUUUUGCCAGCUUUGUAAUGUAAUUCUUAUUAAACAUCAAUUUUAUUUGAUUUGGUGCA